UUCAGUUGAAAAUCGUCGACGGUUUGCUGAAAAUCAUACCCGCAACAGCCAAAUCAAUUGCAAUUGAUCAUUCGAUUUUUCCGAUUAUCAAAUUAUUUAAUCAAAUACAAGUUAUCAGAGACUUUAUAAUGUACUGAAAGCCAACCAAGUUAAUUGUGUACACAUAUGACUCAGGGCCUCAGCAGGUCCAUAACUUUACAUAAUCGCAGCCAGGACAGAAAGUGUAAGCGAUCGACAUGGGCAUACCUGACAUACGUCAGCUGAUCACACUGGAAUUCGAGGUGUUUGGACAUGUGCAAGGCUUAAAUCUGACGAAAGACACGCGUGAUCGCUGCACCAAAGCAGGAAUCACAGGUUGGGUCAAGAACAGCAAGCGAGGCACCAUUGUGGGCAAAAUGCAGGGCCCCAAAGCGGAGGUGGACAAAAUGAUAACCUGGCUGUCCAGCGAGGGCUCGCCGGGCUGUCAGAUCGAGCGUUGUGAGUUGCGAAAUCAGAGCAAUUUAAAUCGACUGGACUACAAAGACUUUGCAAUUCGAUUUUAAAUGUUGUCCUGUGUCUAUGGUUUUUGUGUUUGUUUUGUGCACUAUUUCGAUAAGUUUCUAGAAACCAAUUAAUAAAUGAUUUCCAUCCCGACUUGAAUUGGGGCUGCAAAUAAAACAGAGCAAUUCACAUACGAA